AUGGCCACGACCCAGCUGGACGACAAGGCCAAGAGCCUCAUCACGACUGCAUUUCCACAAGCCAAUGAGAGCGAUCCAGUGAAGCUCUCGUCUGCCGUAUUUCCCAGCGCUGAGUACUCGACCGCCGAGAAGACGGAGAUUGAACAAUUCCUCGUCACCGCAGCGCACAUUGCUUCUCCCACCGAAGACAACGCCAAGACGGCCCAGCGUCUCUCCGCCCUCAACACACACCUUGCGACUCGCACCACGCUGCUCGGACACAAGCCAAGCGUCGCCGACAUCGCAAUCUACUCCCGCCUGGCGCCUGUCGUCAAGGAAUGGAGCGAUGAGCAGCGGACAGACGAGACGGGCUACCAUCAUAUUGUGCGGUUCGUGGACUUUGUGGAGAAUUCCGAGCUUUUCGGCCUCAAGCUAGACGAGAGUGACAAGGUUGCCAUUGACACCAMAAACGUGGUCGCACCGAUCAAGCCAAUCGAUCCCAGAGCUGAAAAGGAGCGCAAGAAGAAGGAGAAGGCUGCGCUGGCGGCUGCCGGUGCAGACAGCGCCGCAGCGGCGGGAGGCACCGUCACAUCAGUCGCGAGUGAGGACACGAAAGCUGCUGAGAACUCCAAGCCAUCGGCAAAGGACAAGGCCAAGGACGUCGGCGACAAGAUCGCAGCUGCAGUCGGUGCCGCUGUUCCGGGCGAGAAGAAGGCUAAGAAGGAGAAGCAGCCGAAACCCCAGAAAGCUGCCGCAGCAGACAAGCCCUUCUCCCCCGCACUCAUCGACCUGCGUGUAGGACACAUCCUCAAGGCCGAACAGCAUCCUAAUGCCGACUCACUUUAUGUCAGUACCAUCGCCGUUGGCGAUCCACCUGGCACCGAGAACACAUCCGAGUACGAAGGCAAGGUUGUCCGGACUGUUUGCUCUGGUCUCAACGGGCUCGUUCCUUUGGCCGAGAUGCAGGGACGCAAGAUCGUCGCCGUCUGCAACCUCAAGCCUGUCACCAUGCGCGGCAUUAAGUCUGCUGCCAUGGUUCUCGCUGCAUCGCCGAGACUGAAGGAGGGCGAGGUUGACAACCAUGCUGGACCGGUUGAGUUGGUCAAUCCUCCCGCAGACUCCGAGGCCGGUGACCGCGUCUUCUUCGAGGGCUGGGAGGGAGAGCCAGAGGCCGUACUGAACCCGAAGAAGAAGGUCUGGGACGACUGUCAAGUUGGUUUCACUACGACAGAGGACAAGGUCGUUGGCUUUGAGCCGGCCAAGGUGGACAAGUUGAAGGAGAGCGGCAAGACCGAUGUUGCGCUUCUGAAGACGAAGCAGGGCGUUUGCUCGGUGAAGACCCUGACAGGUGCCACUGUGCGAUAG